GCCCCUCAUGUUAACCCCUUCCUGCCCAGUGCCAUUAGUACAAUGUCAGUGCUUUUUUUUAGCACUAAUCACUGUAUUGGUGUCACUGGGGAUGUCAGUGACACCAAGUCCGUUCCCCCCAGUGUCAGAAUGUCCACCGCAGUCCCGCUAUAAGUCGCUGAUCGCCGCCAUUACUAGUAAAAAAUAAAACAUUCCAGUAUCUAUACCGCCAUUUUUAAACGCUAUAACUUUCAUAUAAACCAAUUAAUUUACAUGUAUUGAGAUUUAU